AUGUUUCCUGCCAUGCAGGGUGCCUCGUCGGAAAGAGAAGAUUUCUUCGGUUACAUGUCGCAUCUCGUUGCCAUGGAAGACGUUCCAACUGAUUCUGAGGCGACAGCGCUCGACACAGCCCCCGCUCUGCCUCCCCCGCGAUGUAACCAUACUGCCAGUUUGUGGGAAAGCAAUGGGCGUUCUAAAAUUGUCGUCUUUGGAGGUCACGGAGGCUACAAAUACACGCGAAAGGCAUUCAACGAUGUGUGGGUUCUCGACCUGGACGAACUCACAUGGGCAGAAGGAAACUUCCACGUUUUGUCGCUACAAGCAGUUAGGUCCGACAUGGAUUUGCCGUGGCGGGGGAGUCCGCCGCGUUGGAACUGCGGCUACCAACUGGUGGAGGCGAUCCCUGACUGGAAGGUGUUUGUUUUCGGGGGGAAUUCUUCCGACUCGGACAGUUCUCAGAGACGCAGUGACUGCACGCUGCUGAACGACGUGGGUGUCCUGACACUCGGCAGUGCCAAGCGCUGGGACGCGCCUGCGCUGGAGGAAGUCCGAAAACCGACGCGAAAGAGCACGGCUCCUUCAGAACUCGAAAGAAAAAACAGUCUGAAUCACGUCCACGUGGAAGCGCUCGAGACCUCCCGGCUAGCCCCGCGAGCGCGGGAGCAUGCAGCGAUGGCCUACGACGCCGAAGAGUCACUCUUGGUCCUCUUUGGAGGCUGGGUUGACGACUGGUUAGACGACAUCUGGACGCUGAACGUCUCGUCCAUCGUCGGGCCGCCUUACGCGAUCACCUGCAUCGCCCCCGACCUGGGCCCCGUGACGGGAAAUACGCAAGUCUCCGUUCGAGGCGCGGGCUUCACGGAAGGAAUCAUCACCGUCCGUUUCCAGGCUCACGACCAGCACGUCGACGUUCCAGCAGAAUUCGUUAGCGCCACAGAAGUCGUCGCACGCACCGCAUGCGUCAAGGGAGGCAUCGAGAGCCGUCCGUGUGAAGUGCGUGUGAAGAUUGGAGGGAAAGAUUUUACGACGACGUGGACCACCUUCCACUACUACAAGAACACAGUCGCAAAGGAAUGCCUCGCCUUCGGACCGGGCCUUCUCCAAGAAGGCUCGACGGCUGCGCCUACAAUGUUUGUCAUUCAAGCGCGAAACGGCGCCGGAGAAAACCGGACUUCUGGAAGUGAUGUCUUCAAAGUUGUGGUUACGCAUCACCCCCGAGACAAUCCAGAGCAAUCUGUUGAACUCGAUGUCGAGAUUCUCGACCAAAACAACGGAAAGUACAUUGUGAAGUACCACGCCAAAACGCCGGGCGAGGCGAUCGUCGACGUGAGUUUUGUCGACGAAGGCAAAGCUCCAGAGCCCUUAAGGGGAUCGCCUUUUUUGGCGUCCUUUGUGGAUCGAGCUCGAAACCGCGCAAACGACAUGGCUGGGCCUCUCGUCACUUCGUAUAUAAGCCGAUCGAUUGCGGAAAUGGAGGAAUUCCACGCCAAGACAGAAGCCGGUGUCCAGACGGUGGUGAAGGCCGAUGAUGUCAAGACGCUGCUGGCGGUUCGCCACCACAUCUCGCAAAUGGAGAAACAGAAAGACAGUCUUCUGCUCCAGCGGGAGACCGUCCAGGCUGUCUUGAGUUGCUUGGAGCAUCAGGGCGCAACGACGGAAGCGAAUUCGAGGGCGCUGAAGAACGCCACAAGCAAGUACAAUUCCCUCGAGCGCCUGGUGAAGAAGCGAGAGAAGGAGGUUCAAGGCGCGUCAAAUGCGGAGUCGCUUCGGACGCGAAAGAGGAUUGCUGAGUUCGAGCAAGCGGUCAAGGAAACUCAAAUCAAUUUAAAAUCACUCGACUUCUACUUUUUCCAAAGAGGCAUCGACAACGCCACUCAGAGCAUGGAUGCAGUCGAGGGUGGAGUCACUGCUUACACCUCCACUGUGAAGGAACUGGAGACGCUGGCGGCAAGCUUCGGGUUCGUGGAAGACUUGGACCCUGCGAAAGCCGCCAUCGCUGGUAUUCUGGAAGAGCUGAACAGCGUUCGCGUCUUCUGGACCUUCACCCGUCAAACUCUGCAAACAUUUGCCUCGCUCUUAGAAACCCCGUGGGGAGACGUCGAUGCUCCAAACAUUGAACAAGACGUGAAACGGCUCCAAAAAGGGCUGAAAGAUCUGAAGAUCGACAGAAAGUGCGACGCGUAUCUGGGUCUGCAUGAGACGCUCAAAAGGUGGUUGGUCUUCAUUCCCCUCGUGGCGGAACUGCGGGACGGCUCGAUGCGCGCGAGACACUGGGCAGAGUUGCUGCGAGUGGUGAACGCCGACGGCACGGAAAUUGCAGACGACAUGCCUUUGAAAACGAUUGAGCGGCUACAGCUGUGGAACUUCCAGGGACCUGUGGAAGAAAUCACCGAUCGCGCGAAGCAGGAAGCGGUGAUGGAGAAGACGCUGAAGAUGCUCGAGACGACAUGGAGCGAAGUUCCCUUCGACCAAGAGAGACACAAGGACACAGACGUUGUUCUCCUCAACACGACGGAGGAGAAAUUCGAGAUGCUGGAAGAGCACCUGGUGCAGUGCCAGAAUAUGAUCACGUCCAGGUUCUUUGCGACGUUUGAGACGGCAGUCCUGAGCUGGCAAAAGACGUUGUCGAACAUUUCGGAGGUGACGCAGCUCCUGCGCGAGGUGCAGCGGUCCUGGACCUUUCUGGAAAACUUGUUUAUUUACUCGGAAGAAGUGAAGAAGGAACUGCCUGAGCAGGCCUCGCGUUUCGUCCACAUCGACGCCAGUGUGAAGGCGAUUCUCGCUCUGGGGCGGACCCACCCUGUGGUCCGAGAUUUCUGUGCGACAGAAGGAAUCCUCAAGAGGCUUGAGGACGCGGAGAAAGAAUUGAGUGUGUGCGAGAAGGCGCUGAACGAGUUCAUGGACAGCAAACGACGGCUGUUUCCCCGGUUCUACUUUGUCUCUUCCGUCGAUCUUCUCGACAUUCUCUCCAACGGCAACUCUCCCGCAAAAGUCAUGCAACACAUGUCGAAAAUCUUCCAGGCAGUUCAGGCCUUCCAACUUGAGGGCGACUGCGAAGCCCCGGCGAGGCCCGCAGCCGUCGGCAUGGAAAGCUGCGUCGGAAAAGAAUCUGUCAAGUUUCCCGAUGCGCUCAUGCUCACCGGCAACGUCGAGAACUACCUGUACGACUGCAUCACAAGCAUGCAGCGCACGCUUUUGCACUACGUCAAAAAGUCCCUCAAAGACCGCUGGUCGAAACCGUCCAGAGAGGAGUGGAUCCUCACCGACCCUGUGGCGCAAGUCACGCUGCUUGUCGACAUGGCCGUUUGGGUCUUCGCCGUUGAAUCCGCUUUCUCUCAUCUCGAGCAGGGCGACGCCCCGGCCCUUCGACGCGCAUUGGCGGCGCACGUCGACGAGCUGACGGCGACGAUCAAGAUGGUUCAAGGCGAGUUGACGCCCGCGAUGCGGCAACGGCUCAUGUGUCUGAUUACCGUGGACACGCACGGCCGGGACGUUCUCGCGCGGCUGAUCGAGGAAGGCGCGGCUUCGAAGGACGCGUUCCAGUGGCAGUCGCAGCUAAAGUAUCACUGGAGCGAAGCGGAAGACACGAUGCGCGUGAAUAUCACAGACGCCUCGUUCGUGUACGGAUACGAGUACCUCGGGAACGGGCCCCGGCUCGUGGUCACCCCCCUGACGGAUCGCAUCUACGUGACGGCCGCGCAGGCUCUGCAUCUGUGCAUGGGAUGCGCCCCUGCUGGGCCUGCGGGGACAGGAAAGACGGAGACGACGAAGGAUCUCGCCUCUGCUCUCGGAAAGGCCUGCUACGUGUUCAACUGCUCCGACCAGAUGGACUACCAGUCGAUGGGGAACAUCUUCAAAGGCCUCGCCGCCUCCGGCGCCUGGGGAUGCUUCGACGAAUUCAACCGCCUCAUCCCCGCAGUCCUCAGUGUCUGCUCUGUCCAGUUCAAAGCCGUCGUCGAUGCCAUCAAAGCCGGCGUCUCCAGAUUCACCUUACAGGGCGACGAAAUCGCCCUUGACCCCACCUGUGGGGUCUUCAUCACCAUGAAUCCUGGCUACCUAGGGCGGUCCGAGUUGCCGGAGGGCCUCAAGACGCUCUUUCGCCCGAUCACGGUCAUGGUGCCUGACCUGGAGCUGAUUUGCGAAAACAUGCUCAUGGCUGAGGGGUUUGUGGAGGCGAAGGUUCUCGCCCGGAAGUUCACGCGCCUCUACGCGCUGUGUCGAGAUUUGCUCUCCAAGGCGGCCCACUACGACUGGGGUUUGCGCGCCAUCAAAUCCGUCCUCGUCGUCGCCGGCUCCUUCAAGCGAGCGGAGCCUGACCUGCCUGAAAAGGCCCUCCUGAUGAGAGCCCUCCGAGACACAAACAUCGCCAAAAUUGUCGCUGAUGACCUCAAAAUAUUCUCCGGGCUCCUGGCGGAUCUCUUCCCCGGUGUGGAUCCGCCCCGCCUGCGCGACAUGGAUUUCGAGGCGGUGGUGGAGGCGACCUGCUGGGACGCAGGGUUGACGGCGCAUCCCGAGUUCGUCUUGAAAGUGGUUCAGCUGCAAGAACUCCUCAAGAUUCGCCACUGCGUCUUCGUCAUGGGCCCCGCGGGCGCGGGAAAGAGCUCCGUUUGGAAGACGCUGGCACGUGCGCAAGACCAAGUGGGACUUCGCACCACUUUCGUAGACAUCAAUCCCAAAGCAGUCUCGCCGAACGAGCUUUACGGGUACGUGAAGAUGAGCACUCGCGAGUGGAAAGACGGGCUCUUGUCGAAGACCAUGCGGAGCCUCGGACAGAUUCAAGACACCUCGCCGAAGUGGAUCCUCCUCGACGGCGACUUGGACGCGAACUGGAUCGAGUCCAUGAACUCCGUCAUGGACGACAACAAAAUCCUCACUCUGGCGAGCAACGAAAGAAUUCCCCUACGGCCCCACAUGCGCAUGCUCUUUGAAAUCCGAGACCUCAACUUCGCGACGCCUGCCACUGUUUCCAGAGCGGGGAUUCUCUUCAUCAGCGACACAGCCGGCCAUCAGUGGCGGAGUUACGCUCAGAGUUGGAUCAAGCGCAUGCGUUGGAGCGACGAGGUGAAGACGCAGCUGCAAAAGCUGUUUGACAAGUACUGCCCAGCGACUCUGGCGUACAUCCAGAGGAACUGCAAGCUGAGCAUGCCUAUCGUGAACAUAUCGCUGGUCGCGUCUCUGUGCGCAAUGCUCGAGAGUUCGCUCGGCGACGACCCUCAGGCGCUGGAGUACGCCUUUGUCUUCUGCUGCAUCUGGGCCUGUGGCGGCUGUCUCCACGAGAAGGACGGCAUCGACUACCGGAGACAGUUCAGCAACUGGUGGCGCAACGAAUGGAAAACCAUCAAGUUCCCGAGCAAAGGCACCGUUUUCGACUAUUUUGUGGGCCAGGCAAAACUCGAGCUCUGGGAACAACUCGUCCCGGAGACGGACUUCGACGCCGACAAGCCUGUCGGAGACCUCACAGUGCCGACUCCCGAAACGGUCGCCAUGCUUCACUUUGUCGGCGCUCUGGUGAAGAUUCACGCGCCAGUCAUGCUCAUUGGCCUCGCCGGCUGCGGGAAGACUCAACUCUGCAAGGGUUUGCUCCGCUCACUCGACAAAGAAACGUACGCGAGCUGUGUGAUCAACUUCAACUUCUACACCGACUCAGCCCUCCUCCAAACGCUCCUCGAACAGCCGCUCGAAAAAAAAGCUGGACGCCAGUACGGCCCGCCUGGCAAACUGCGUCUGGUGUACUUCCUGGACGACCUGAACAUGCCCCAGCUGGACCCUUACAACACGCAGACGGCGAUCGCCUUGCUGCGACAGCACAUGGACUACCAGCACUGGUACGACAGGAACAAAAUGCAGCUGAAAGACAUCAGCAACACACAGUGUCUGGCGUGUUUGAAUCCGGCAGCGGGCUCGUUCACCGUGAACCCUCGCCUGCAACGGCACUUCUGGACGCUCAGCACUCCGCUGCCCGAGCAGACGUCGCUGUUCACGAUCUACAACACCAUCUUGUCCAAAUACUUUGAAAAGAAGAACUUCCGAAAGGCUGUGCAGGAGCAAAUCUCCUUCGUCGUCAAGGCCACGCUGUCGCUGCAUUCCGAGCUUCUGGACGAAAUCGUUGGUGUCUCCGCGCCCCGACGACCGGGCGUGGAGCUGUGUCUGCGCGCGACGCAUGCGUCUUUCCUUGCCGUCCUCGCCUUCCUGACAGGCUCCUGCGAACUUGCCUGCGUCUCUCCUUCCCGUCUCCUGCAUGCGUUCCAGGUCGUCCAAGCGUUCCGGAAAACCGCCGCAAACUUCCACUACGAGUUCAACAUGCGUCACCUAAGCAGCGUCUUCCAGAGUCUCCUUGCGGCAACUCCCCAACUCUUCCAGGAAGCGGAGAAGCUGGUCAUCCUCUGGCUGCACGAGUGCGAGAGAACCUACCGAGACCGACUGGUGAGCCAGGCCGACUGCGCAAAGUACGAGGCCCGCGUCGCCGAUCUCGCGAAGAAGAUGUUUGGCAAAUUCAACGUCGCCAAGUUCUUCCAGGCAAAGAACCCCGAAACGCUCAUUUUCUGCCACUUCGCCAGAGGCUUCCAAGACCCCGGCUACGAUCGCAUUGGGUCUAUGGCGGAGCUGUCCCAACUCCUGCAAGAGGCGCUUACGGAGUACAACGACGUGAAUCCAGUGAUGGAUCUCGUUCUCUUCGAAGACGCCAUGAAGCACGUGUGCCGAAUCACGCGAAUCAUCAACAAUUCGGGCCACGCUCUUCUCGUCGGCAUUGGCGGGUCUGGGAAGCAGUCGCUCGCCAAGCUGUCAGCCUUCAUCAGUUCGUGCAUGCCUUUCCAAGUGACCAUUUCUUCCAAGUACGAUGUCAAAGAAUUGAAGAACGAUCUUCGGUAUUUGUACAACAGGGCUGGUCUGAAAGAUGAAGGCGUUCUCUUCCUCUUCAAUGAGUCGCAGUGCACAGAUGAACACUUCCUGGUGUACAUAAACGACUUGCUCGCCUCCGGGGACAUUGCGGAUUUGUUCGAGCCGGAAGACAAAGACCAAAUCCUCAAUGCAGUGCGACCGGCAGUCAAGGCGGCAGGACUUCCCGAGACAAAAGACGCGCUCUGGGACUUCUUCAUCUCGCGAAUCAAGAAAAACCUGCACAUGGCUCUCUGCUUCUCUCCUGUUGGUGACAACAUCAGGAACUGCGCGCGGAAGUUUCCGGCGAUUGUGAAUUGCACAAUCAUCGACUGGUUUCAGCCUUGGCCCGCGGAGGCGCUGCUCUCGGUGUCGGCGAAAUUCCUCGCGCCGCUGCCGCUCGGCGACGACGACGUUCGAAGAGCCGUCGUUGAAUUCAUGCCCUACGCCUUCUACUCAGUGAACGAAGCUGCGCAGGAGUACCUGGCGAACGAGAAGAGGUACGCGUAUAUCACGCCAAAGACGUUCAUUGAGUCUACCAAACUGUACGGCGCGAUGCUGCAAGAGAAGAUUGAUUCUCUGAAGAGCAAGAGCGACCGGCUGAGUUCCGGCCUGAACAAACUUAUCGACACGAAGGAGAAGGUUUCGGCUCUGGAGGACGACCUGAAGGAAAAGACAAUUGUCGUCGAGGAGAAGAAGGCGGCCGCCGACGCCUUCGCAGAGCGCGUUGGCGAAGAGAAGGCCAAGGUGACUGCGGAGUCUGAGAAAGCAAACCUGGAGGCGCAAACGUGCGCGGAGAUCCAGCGAAACGUGUCCGAACAAAGAUCCUCUUGCGAAGAGGACCUCGCGAAGGCCAUUCCUCUCGUGCAACAAGCUGAAGCGGCUCUCAACACCCUGAACAAGAAGGAUUUCCAAGAGGCAAAGUCGCUGAACAAACCGCCGCCGGGGGUAGACGACAUCACAACUGCAGUCAUGCAUCUGCUCGCAGGAGUAGACCCAAACAUCGAGGUCGACAAGCAAGGGAAGCUGAAAGACAAGUCGUGGAAAGGUGCGCAGAAGAUGAUGAACAACCCCGAGAAGUUUCUGCAAACUCUGAAGGACUUCAAGCAAAUCAUCGACGACGGCCGAGUGCCCGAGCACAACUUCAAGGCUGUAGAGCCGCUCCUGGCUCUGCCCCACUUCAACCGCGAGGCCAUUCAAAAGAAAUCGACAGCAGCCGCCGGACUUGCGGAGUGGGUUAUCAACAUCUACCAAUUCUACAAGGUUGUAGACUCGGUGGCGCCAAAGCGCAGAGCUCUGGAAGAGGCGACGCAGCAGCUCGAAGAGGCAAAUGCAAAGUUGGCUGUCGUCCAGGAACUCGUCGCAGAACUGGAAGAAAAGCUGGGGAAGCUGGUCGCUGAGUACGACGCAGCAAUUGCAGAGAAGAACGCCGUAGAAGCCGAGGCGAACAAAUGUCGCACGAAGCUGGACAUGGCGCAGAGGCUCAUGAACGCUUUGGGAUCCGAGGGGACCCGGUGGCAACAGUCGAUCGAGAACUUCAAUGAAGAGCUUCGCGUCAUGGUCGGAGACGUUCUCCUGGCAUCGAGUUUUGUCGCAUACGCCGGGGUCUUCACGAAGAAGUAUCGCGACUGGCUUAAGAAUGAGAAAUUCGCGCAGUUCCUCCGCAGCAAACAUGUGCCCAUGAGUCCCGAACCGAAUCCGCUUCUCCUUCUCACAUCCGACGCCGAGAUGGCCAUGUGGAACAAUCAAGGCCUACCUUCCGACCAGGUGUCUCUCGAAAACGGCGCGAUUUUGACGAACUCGCAACGCUGGUGUUUGCUCGUCGAUCCGCAGCUCCAAGGCAGCGCAUGGAUCAAAAAGCGCGAGCAAAGCAACAACCUCCAAGUAACGCGUCUUCAGCAUCCGCGGUUGAUUCAGACGAUGGAGAGCUCCAUUUCGUUCGGGUUUAGUGUGCUGCUGGAAAAUCUUGACGAGUCGAUCGAGGCCGUUCUCGCCCCGGUGGUCAGUCGGCAGACGAUCAAGCGGGGCAGAUCUCUCAACAUCAAAUUGGGAGACAAGGAGAUCCCGUACAACGCAAAUUUCCGCCUCUUUCUCCAAACACCCCUCUCAAAUCCUCACUACCCGCCGGAGAUUCAGGCCGAGUGCACCAUCAUCAAUUUCACAGUCACCGAGAAGGGGCUGGAGGACCAGCUCCUAGCGCUGACGAUCCAGAAAGAACAUCCGGAUUUGUCGAAGAAACGCGUCCUUCUCAUUCAACAACAAAACGACUUCAAAAUCACGCUGGCCGAACUCGAGAGCACUCUGCUCGAGAAACUCGCCGCAGCUGAAGGCGACAUUCUUGAAGACACAGAGUUGAUUCUGAAUUUGGAGAAAACGAAGUCCAUCGCCACGGAAGUGUCUGCAAAGGUGGCUCUCGCGAAGAAGACCGGAGAACGCCUCGACACCAUUUCUGAGCAGUAUCGCCCCGUCGCGCGUCGAGGCGCAGUCCUCUUCUUCCUCCUGUCCGAGCUGUUCAAAAUGCACACCUUCUACGUUUACUCGAUGGAAGCCUUCGUCGCAGUGAUCCACAGAGCCAUCGAUUCUGUGGCGAACAAGCCUCCGGAAUCCGCUGAGCCGGAUGGCGACGAAGUGGGCGGAGCGGCAGAAGAGGCUUCCGGGGAGGUGGAUGCCUCGCCGCCUUCAGCCGAGGAAGAGGCUGAGCAGAAGGCGGGGGAAACGCGGAAGAAAAAGGCGAGGCGAUCGCGCGAAGGAGACGAGGGCGACGAACGUUCUGAAGACGGAGACGAGGAACACGAGGAAGUGGCUGCCGACGACACCCCCUCGGAGGCCAGCGACGCGGAGGCAGACUGCCGAGAAGGCGCAGCCGGGGCUGAAGAGAAAUCGUCGGAGACCGACGAAGACACAACACGACCAGCUGAAGGCGAAGAGACGCGAGACGCCCGAGAGGCCGCGACAGCGGGUCAACCGGAAGACGGAGAAACCCCCGCAAGCGGUGGAACCCUGGCGCAUGCACCGAGCGUUGGUGGCGUCACGCGAGGCGAAAUGCAGACCUCUGGGCGGGUCCGACCUCAGUCUGCAGCCUCGUCUCGCUCCGGCAAAUCCGCGGAACCGGUCCCUGCUGCUCGUGGCGAGAGCGAGAACGCGAGGCGUGGAGCUGAGACUGCUCAGUCCGCCGCGAACCGCGACGACGCAGCGGAGACGCGGGAGGCGCAGGGAGAAGCCGAACUCAAAGAGGAAGAAGACUUCCUUUUGGAAGACGUCGACAGUCGCGUGGCGACGCUGGUGGAGACAAUCACAAAGUUUCUCUUCAUGUACUGCAACCGGGGCCUCUUUGAGCGGCACAAGCUCACCUUCGCCGUUCUCCUCGCACUCCGCAUUCUGGUGGACGGCGGAGUCAUCGACGACGCAGAAGCGCAACUUCUGAUUUACUCUCGCGUCGACGCUUCUGCUCCGCCGAUGCCAGAGAGCGCCAAGUCGUGGAUGACGGAGGUCCAGUGGGGGUGUUGUCGGAGUCUCGAACAGAGCCCUGUGUUCAAAAACAACUCCGUCUCUCUCCUGCAAAACUUUGACCAAGACAGUCCCAGCUGGAAACGGUGGUUCGCGGAAGAGAAGGCCGAGGCCGCUGACCUCCCGCGCACGUUUCGCGGAUUGUCUCUCUUUCACCGCAUCCUCCUGCUUCGGUGUCUCCGCCCGGACCGGAUGAUUGCGGCUCUGAAGGAAUUUGUCUUGCAGCAUCUCGGGACUCUCUUUGUGGAGCCGCCGCUCUUCAACAUGCGCGAAGCGUAUUUCGAAUCGGACAAAAACACCCCGAUCUUCUUCGUCCUCUUCCCUGGCGUCGAUCCGACACCCGCUGUCGAAGACAUGGCCAGAACUGUCGGGUGCACUGCGGCAAAUGGAAAAUUCGUGAACAUUUCGAUGGGUCAAGGACAGGAGACGUUGGCCAUCCAGGCUGUCGAGAAGGCGGCGGUCGACGGCGGCUGGGUGAUGCUGCAAAACGUCCACCUCAUGCAAGACUGGCUGAAGAUUCUGCAACGGACUCUCGAGCAAGUGGCCGAGACUGGCCACAAAGACUUCCGAUGCGUCAUCUCCUCGGAACCACCGCCUCUCCCCGAUAUGAAAAUCAUUCCGGAGCGAACUCUGCAAAGAAGCAUCAAAAUCGCCGACGAGGCGCCGCAAGACCUCAAGGCGAAUCUCCGGCGCGCGUUCGGAAUCUUCUCUGCAGAGCGUUUGGAGUCGUGUGCGAAAAGCAAAGAAUUCAAAGGCCUCGUGUUCAAUCUUUGCUUUUUCCACGCCGUCAUCCUCGGCAGAAAGAAAUUCGGCUCUUUGGGGUGGAGCAAGAUUUACUCGUUCAACGUCGGCGAUCUGAACAUCUGCGGAAAUGUUCUGCGCAACUUCCUGGAUAAAAGCAGUGUGGUGCCGUAUGAGGACAUUCGCUACAUAUUCGGGGAAAUCAUGUAUGGAGGCCAUAUCACCGACGCCUUUGAUCGCCGCACGAACAACACGUACUUGAAGACGUUCAUCGUUCCGGAAGCCCUCUCCGGUAUGCAACUCGCCCCGAAUCUGAAGUGCCCAGAUCCGAGCAAGUCCGAUCAUGCCGCCUACAGCAAAUACAUCGAGGACAAGACGCCUGCGGAGACUCCGCAAAUGUUUGGACUGCAUCCGAACGCGGAAAUCGGCUACCUGAGUGCCCAGGGCGAGUCGCUCUUCGCCAAUAUACAGGUUGUUCUCGGGUCCGGCGGCGGCUCCCAGAAAGGCCAGCGGAAAGAAGACAUCCUGAAGGCCACAGUCGCGCAGCUGCUCGUGCGCGUGCCGCAUCCCUUCGACCUUCCAAGCAUCAAGGCGCGCGUUCGAGAGUUCCACCCCUUUGUCGUUGUGUGUCUCCAGGAAGUCGAGCGGAUGAACACUCUGCUGAGUGAAGUGCACGCGUCGCUGGAAGAGCUCGAGAAGGGACUCGCCGGCCAGCUGAACAUCACGGAGGCGAUGGAGCAGUUCUCCAACGCGCUCUUUGCUCAGCGCGUGCCGGAAACGUGGAAAAAAGUGUCCUAUCUGUCGAACAAGACUCUCGCGCCGUGGAUCUCGGACUUGCUCGAGCGCGUCAAACAACUCGAGAGCUGGACUGCCGAGCUCACGCUACUGCCCUCGCUCUGGAUCUCCGGCCUCUUCAAUCCAAUGUCUUUCCUCACGGCCAUCAUGCAGGCGAGUGCGCGGUCCGACAACCUGCCUCUCGACGACAUGUGUCUCCGCUGGACGGUGUCCUCGAUCCAAAACCACAAAGACGUUCCCGGGGCCCCCGAGUCGGGAGUGUACAUCCACGGGCUCGUCCUCGAGGGUGCUGCGUGGGACGACGGAAAAGGCACCGAGGGAAACAUCGUCGAGUCACGGCCGAAAGAACUCUUCAGCCCACUUCCAGUCAUCAACGUCUCCGCCAUUCAAGCCAAAGACUUCAGUUGGGAAAACAUGUACGAAUGCCCCGUCUACGUCACCGCUCAGCGAGGCCCCAGCUUCGUGUGCACUGCGAAUCUAAGGAUGGAUAUGGACGACACGGUUGAGCGCUGGGUCCUGGCGGGUGUCGCCAUGCUGAUGGCUGAGGAGUGA